CUCUAGCCGGAGUCUGGUCAUAGAGCCGCUCGUCUUCCGGUCCCGCGGAAGCUGAGAGGGAGCCGGAAGUCUGCUGGGCUCCGGGCUUCGCGAUGGAAGAGAGCGAUUAUGAGUCGGUGCUCUGUGUCAAGCCAGAGAUCCAUGUCUACCGCAUCCCACCGCGGGCCACCAACCGUGGCUACAGGGCCUCGGAGUGGCAGCUGGACCAGCCAUCUUGGAGUGGCCGGCUGCGGAUCACUGCAAAAGGGAAGGUGGCCUACAUCAAGCUGGAGGACAAGACCUCAGGGGAGCUCUUUGCCCAGGCACCAGUGGAUCAGUUUCCUGGCACAGCAGUGGAGGCUGUGACAGACUCCAGCAGGUACUUUGUCAUCCGCAUCGAAGAUGGAAAUGGGCGACGGGCAUUUAUUGGAAUUGGCUUCGGCGACCGGGGUGAUGCCUUUGACUUCAAUGUGGCAUUGCAGGACCAUUUCAAGUGGGUAAAACAGCAGUGUGAGUUUGCAAAACAAGCCCAGAACCCAGACCAAGUCCCCAAAUUGGACCUGGGCUUAAAGGAGGGCCAGACCAUCAAGCUCAGCAUCGCAAACAUGAAGAAGAAGGAAGGAACAGCCGGGACCCCCCGAGCCCGGCCUGCCAGCACAGGAGGGAUGAGCCUGCUUCCCCCACCCCCUGGGGGCAAAGCCUCCACACUGGUCCCACAUCCUGGGGAGCAGUUAUUGAUGACAGGGCCCUCUGUCCAGCCAGUAGUUGCUCCUGGCUCAGCAAUAGGAGGUGCCACUGUAUCCUGGCCACAGCCCAAGCCUGCCACUGCAGCCACUGCUGAUGUCUGGGGAGACUUUACCAAGUCCACAGGGUCGACUUCUAGCCAGAUGCAGCCGGGCACAGGUUGGGUCCAGUUCUGACCAGAGCACAGCUCUCUCUUGACACUGCAUCUGGGAAGGACCUGCCUCAUCCCGGCUGAGAAUGGAGGCAGCGUGCCCUGGCUGGCUCUUGACAGACUGGCCCUGUGGGGCAGUAAAUUGGCGCCAUGUCACAGUGUUUCCAGGAUUUGAGUAUGUAGCUGGAGCUCUGGAGAAGAAACACUCCAGGACCCCUACCCUGUCCCUCUUGAGACUGUCCUUCCUUCAUUGCAGUGACCCACAUUAAACAUGAGCCCCAAAAUCAAUGGAAUGGCUUGAGUUUGCGGCUCAGAUUCAGAGCAGCCCUUCCUGGGGUGACAGGUGUCACGGGAUCACUGUUGGCAGGGGACUUUCUACACUCCUCUUGGUGGCAGCCACUCAUUCAGGUGCCCUCCAGAGCAAGGAUUCCUACCUGAUUUCUAAUUGGUCUGCAGGCCAAGCUUGAACAGGCCAUCGGGGGAAAUUGGAAGGAGUGAGCAGCUUUUUACAAGGUACUAUUUUGCUUUGCCAACCUGUGAAUCUGCACUAACUCGUCUUUGCAGCGUGCACAGCGAGGAGCUCUGAAGGCACUGCCCAGCGGCUGGCCCGAGCCCAGACAGCACUGGUUCCACUUGCCUGAUACCAGCUAGGUGGGCGGUGGGGGCGAGGCCAGCACUGGAAGACAGGUGGGACAGUGUGUGGCAGGAAGGCACAAACUUGUCAUGGAGCUCGGCGGCCUUCCUGCCUGCCAGCAGUUCUGGGCUCACAGGUUCCCAGCACAGCAAGCAGCUUCUGUGGAUGUGGACUUUCUCUGGAUUCUGAAGUGCCUUAUCUGCAGACAGCCUUAUAACUAACUUCCUCCUUCAGGGACUGUGAAUGACAGACAGAGGGGCAACAAGUGCUGGAGUCCAAGGGCCUGGAUGAUCGGUUUACAAGGAAACAUUUUAUCUUGUGCGCCUUGGAGAUUUCUUUAUUGAAUUAACCUUACCUCUCGGUGAAAAGAUUUCUUUUGUGAAAGGUCAAGACCAUGAGCUGAAAAAAGUGUUGACCUUUUUGUGGGACCAGAUUUUUAAGAUUAAAGAAAUAAAUAUUCCUACUUCUGUCUAGGUA